UACUAUUCGCGAACAACGAGCCGUAGCUCUGCCCGAGCAGGGUCGGGAAAUGGAGAAGACGCUCGACGAGCUGCUCUGCGCCGCCGCCAUGGCCGGCAACAGCGCGAUGGUCCGAGACCUCCUAUUGAGAGGCGCCGAUCCUUCCUUCUUCGACUCUGAAGGCAAGACUCCUCUAAUGCACGCCGCUGCGGUCGGCCAUGGGGAAGUCGUCCGCUGCCUUCUCGACGCCGGUGCUCCCUGGAACGCUCUUUCCCCCUCCAACGUAUCCGCUGGUGAUCUAGCUAUGGAGAACGCCCAUCAGGAGGCCUUUGAUGUCCUCCUGAACUUCGCCAUCCAGGCUGAACUAGUUCUCGGAACCAUCGCUCGAGGCGGCGGUGAUGGGGAAGGCGCCGCCUCGCAGGAGGUGUAUUUGAGCGAGAGGGUUUCUUUUGGAGAGGACAGAAUCGUGGAUGCCGAGAGCAAGGCGGUCAUGAUGGCGUGGGAGAAGCCGCUGAUGGAGGCUCACGCUAGGGCGAUCUGCUGCUUCGGCGAUGUUGGUGGGAAGAUACUCAAUGUGGGCUUUGGGAUGGGGCUAGUGGACGAGGCUAUACAGAGGUACAAACCACUGGAGCACACUAUUGUGGAGGCGCAUCCUGAGGUUUAUGAUCGGAUGAUACAGUCUGGCUGGGGGGAGAAGGAGAAUGUGAAGAUUGUAUUUGGGAAAUGGCAGGAUGUGCUACCUCAACUUGGAUCUUUUGAUGGAAUAUUCUUCGACACUUACGGUGAAUACUAUGACGACAUGAGGGAAUUCCACCAGAAUCUUCACAGGCUGCUUAAGCCAGGUGGAAUCUAUUCCUACUUUAAUGGUUUUUGUGGCAGCAAUGCAUUUUUCCAUGUUGUUUACUGUCAGUUAGUUGCUUUAGAACUUGAAAAUCUUGGUUACAGUACUCAGUUUAUUCCCUUGCCUGUCAAAGAAUGCAUUUCGGAGGACAUUUGGAAGGGUUUGAAGCACAAAUACUGGCAACUAGAUACAUAUAAUUUACCUGUUUGUCAGGCUUCACUUGAUUCUGAAUGAUUAGAACCAAUGCUGUUAAGUUUUAACAAUAAUUAUUGUUUUGUUUUUUAUGUUU